UGUCACUCGGGCAGCUCGCCAUCAGCGGGUUGACAUGAGCCCGAACUCGCAGCCUGCCUUCAAGGUUCUGCGUGGCGGAGUUCUCCGUAUUGAACAUCACAAACCGGGGGUGAGCGCAAGGAGCCCGGGCUGCGCGCCUGCCGCAUAGUGUGCUGGAUUGGGGCUGAAGUUUUCCUGACUGAUGAGCCUGAUGCUUCUGGGGACGUGGUAGAAGUUGGCCGUCCGCGCGUUCUCACUUUUUUCCUCCUGCAUCCAACAUACCCAUGAUUUUGUGAGGGCAGUUGGGCACGUUCAACCCUUUCCUUCACCAUCUGGCCGUUGGCUUACAUUCUUUUCUUGUUGCCGCCAUGGCGCCCUCGCUACAGUCCUUCGUUCUUGUGUCUCUUUUUGCGGCUCAUAUAUACUGCCUGCCAUACUUGCCCGAGUAUGAAGCAUACAACCUCAACCAGAACAAGGCGGCAACCAAUCCGCUCGAGUACUGGGGAGAAUGGCCGGAUCAUACAUUCCAUCCUUCGCCGGAGAACUGGCGCAUGCCAUUCUACUCUCUGUUCCUUGACCGGUUCGUCAAUGGCGACCCACUCAACGACAAUGCCAAUAAGACGGUCUUCGAGGUCGACAUGCUUUCGACCCAGCUACGGGCCGGCGGCGACAUCAGCGGCCUGAUCGAUACACUCGACUAUCUUCAGAGCAUGGGCAUUAAGGGGCUCUACAUUGCCGGCAGUCCAUUCAUCAACCAGCCGUGGGCGGCAGAUUCUUUCAGUCCCCUGGACAUGACCCUACUCGACAGUCACUUCGGUACCAUCAACGAAUGGCGGCAUGCCAUCGACGAAAUCCACAAGCGAGGCAUGUACGUAGUCUUGGAGAAUACCAUGUCUACAAUGGGGGACCUUAUCGGGUUUGAGGGGUACCUCAAUGAAACAACGCCCUGGAGCUUCACCGAGCACAACGCCAUCUGGAAAACUUCGAGACGGUAUUGGGACUUCCACCUCGGAGAUGACUCCGUCCCCUGCGAGUACCCACGCUUCUACGACGAACACGGCGAUCUCAUCGGAGAGGAGGUCAUGUCCAACUUCAAGACCUGCCGGACGAGUGAUUUUGAUCAGUACGGAGAUGUCGAGUCCUUCGGCAAAUAUCCGGAGUAUCAGAAGCAGCUCUCCAAGUUCGGCUUUGUUCAGGACCGCCUGAGAGAAUGGCGUCCGAGUGUGCUAGACAAGAUCAAGCUCUUCUCUUGCAUGACAAUUGCCAGCCUCGACAUUGACGGUUUCCGAAUUGACAAAGCCCUCACCAUCACCGUUGAUGCGCAGGCUGAAUGGUCCGACCACAUGCGGGCCUGCGCCCGCCGGUUCAACAAGACCAACUUCUUCAUUCCUGGCGAGAUUGUUGGGGGCAACGCUCUCGGCGCGCUCUAUUACGGGCGAGGAAAGCAGCCUGACAUGUCAUUUGAAACAUUGGAGGAGAGCUACAACUCGACCAAUGAAACCAGUACAUCCCCCUACAUCCGAACCAAACAAGCAUUGGACUCGGCUUGUUUCCAUUAUUCGGCGUACCGAGCCUUGACGCGCUUCCUCGGCAUUGACGGCGUCUACGGGGCCGAAAUGGACACUCGCACAAAUUGGGCCGAGGGUUGGCAAGAUACCCUCCGCACAAACGACUUGGUCAACGCCAACACAGGGAAAUUCGAUCCGAGGCACAUGUACGGAACAGCCAACCAAGAUGUUUUCCGCUGGCCUUCCAUCGUUAACGGAACGCAAAAGUACCUGGUUGGCGCAUUCAUCACGUCCCUCUUACUUCCAGGCAUCCCCAUUGUCAACUGGGGCGAGGAGCAAGCCUUCUACGUCUUGGAGAACAUCGCAGCCAACUAUCUCUAUGGCCGCCAGCCCAUGACGUCGACAGUAGCCUGGGAAGCCCACGGCUGCUACAAGAUUGGCGCCGAGAAGUAUUUCAACUUCCCUCUCGAAUCAGCACUCUACGGUUGCGAAGACCCCAACGUCAGUCUGGACCACCGAGACCCGUCUCACCCUGUCAAGGGCGUUGUCAAGAGACUGAUGGAGCUCCGCGAAACAUACCCCGCUCUCAACGACGGCUUCGACAUGUUCCAGCUCUCCAACCACACACAUUGGAUAUAUUUGCCUGGCUCUAACGGGACCGGAACUGAGCUUGGGUUGUGGAGCUACGUGCGGAAGGGUCACGAGGGUCUUCAAGACUUCUCACAGCUAAAAAAUGGCGACGACAUCGUGUGGCUUCUUCUUGGCAACGAGAAUCAGACCACCAAGUACAAGUUUAACUGCUCGGAUCCGGACACCGCCUUGUUGUCGUCGUUUGGACCGGGAGCCACGGUGAAGAACCUGUUCUACCCCUACGAUGAGUACGAGCUCGAGCCAUCCAACCGCCAUAUCGAAGGCGACGAGCCGGACCUGGUCCACGGCUGCAUCAGCGAGCUAGAGUUUCCCGCCUGGGGCUUCAAGGCGUUCGUCCCGAAAAAUUCCUGGGUUGGCCCAGCUCCGAUCAUCACCAAGUUCUUGCCCGGCCACGACUACCGUCUUGAAUCGACUGCGAAUGCCGAGACAUCGGUGGACAUCCAGAUUCAGUUUUCCCAGGAGAUGGACUGCGAGUCGGUCUUUAACUCCAUCGAGAUUACGUCAAAUACUGUGGGAGGGCGGACAGCCUCCCUCAACAGAGCAUCCCUCAGUUGUCGAAAUCUGGAGGUCGCUCCCCCUCAACUUGUUGGACAAGUUCCUUCGGUCUGGGAGUUCAAAGCGACGAUCAAUUCCAUCCCUGAUGGCAUCCAUCGCAUCACUGUCCGGAACGCGACGGACAAGACGGGCACGAGCAGGACAGGCACCGUGGAUCAUUUACUUCUCCGUGUGGGCAAAUUAGACAAUCCCGUCGUGUUUCCGCGGCACGCCAACUACUCGACAAACCUUGUGUACGCGAAAGACGAUGGCAUCUACGUGCGCCAUCAUGCCACCGGCGCAACCAAAUUUCGCUGCUCGCAGACCUGGGCGUCGUCAUGGACACCGUGGUUGGACUAUACCGGCGAGGACUUUAAAUUACCGCCCAUGAACUGGACGGGAACAAGAAAACAGGAAUGGUUGGGAACCCACGUUAUUUGUCAAUACUUCAGCAAGCUCGCCGGUAGCAGCCAUCACCAACAGGAGGGUGACUUGGACGCGUUUGCCUUGCCGCGCAGGUUUCCACACCUGUUUGUGAACGGCCAUUUCAACGCAUUCGGAUUUGACACCGGGAUUCCCAAUGAGAUGAAACAGCGAGAGAGAACCGGAGCGUGGUCGAUUGAUCUCAUGGCAGAGUGGCCGACCGCUCUACAAUUCAAUGUUUGGGGGGUCAAUCCGGACGGCUUGCCCGAUAUGACCUGGAUCUUCGGCGACGUCAACUUUGACUAUGUUCUCGACCGUCUCGCCCCGGGAUCACUGCGGCAAAACGUGGUCAACAUUACAGAGUCCCCUCCGUCGCCGUUUGUCGGUUGGCGUUUCGAGGUGGACGAUGGGGCGAUGAAAUACACCAAAGUCCCAGCGGGGAGCAGAGAUCGUCAGAUCGCCAUUUUCACGCUGAUGUGGGUGUUGCCGCUCCUCGCCGGCUGGGUCGUGGUAUUCAUCUUUACCGGGUCCUUCUACAAAGUCAAGCAUAACGUCUCCGGCGCAGCCAAGAACGGCAGUCUUUCAGAGAAGUUACGCCAGGUAUUCGAGAUGAAGGAGAAGCUACAUCUCCGGCCAAGCCGCCCGUCUUCUGGGUCCUCCUCAUUUGUUGGCACACCGGCCGUGACUCGUCCGGGCACUCCAAAUGUUACACCUCGAGGGGCGGAUGGCGCCGGCCUGGGCAUGGAGCUUGGUGCGCCCAGGAAGAAGGUGGUCAUCGCGACAAUGGAGUACGACAUUGAGGACUGGGCUAUCAAGAUCAAAAUCGGCGGCCUCGGUGUGAUGGCACAGUUGAUGGGCAAAGCUCUCGGUCAUCUCGACCUCAUCUGGGUCGUCCCUUGCGUGGGCGGGCUGAACAACAACUACCCUGACGGCUAUCCGGUCGACCAACCGGCUGAGCCAAUGGAAAUCACCAUCCUCGGCUCCAAGUACACCGUCGACGUUCAGUACCACAAGCUCCGCAACAUGACGUAUGUUUUGCUCGACGCUCCUGUCUUCAGACAGCAGACCCCGUCGAAGCCGUACCCUGAUCGCAUGGACGACCUGGACAGCGCCAUUUACUACUCCGCCUGGAAUCAGUGCAUUGCCGAGACGAUCAAACGCUUCAACCCGGACAUCUACCACAUCAACGACUUCCACGGGGCCCUCGCGCCUUUGUACCUCCUUCCCCGCGUCAUCCCAUGCUGCUUGUCGCUCCACAACGCCGAGUUCCAAGGCAUGUGGAGCCUCGGCACCAAGGAGGAGAAGCAGGAGGUGUGCAGCGUGUUCAAUCUUGAACCAAAGGUUGUGGAGCGGUUCGUUCAGUUUGGCGAGGUGUUCAACCUACUUCACGCCGGCGCCAGCUAUCUGAGGGAAUUCCAACACGGCUUCGGCGCCGUUGGUGUCUCAAAAAAGUAUGGCAAGCGGAGCUUUGCUCGCUACCCAAUCUUCUGGGGCCUGAGCAACAUCGGGUCUCUGCCGAAUCCAGAUCCUUCGGACACGGCUGAAUGGUCGCCUGAGCUAGAAGCAGCAGCUCAAGCGGCGGAGGUCCAUGUGGACGCCGCCUACGAGGCCAGCAGGGGCGAGCUGCGCCUACAAGCGCAGGAAUGGGCUGGCCUUGAGAAGGAUGCGGAUGCCGAGCUCUUUGUUUUCGUGGGCCGUUGGUCCAUGCAAAAGGGAGUCGAUAUUAUCGCUGACGUCUUCCCGGCUAUCCUGGAAAGCAACCCCAAGGUUCAGUUGAUUGCUGUGGGACCUGUCAUUGACCUGUAUGGCAAGCUGGCGGCUAUCAAGUUGGACAGGUUGAUGGAGAAAUACCCCAACCGGGUCUACUCGAAGCCAGAGUUUACGCAGCUUCCGCCAUAUAUCUUCAGCGGUGCCGAGUUUGCCCUGAUUCCCUCGCGUGACGAGCCGUUUGGGUUGGUAGCUGUCGAAUUUGGCCGCAAAGGAGCACUUGGAGUCGGCGCCAGAGUCGGCGGCUUGGGUGCCAUGCCGGGGUGGUACUACACGGUGGAGUCUACGUCGGCAAAGCAUCUCAUCAGUCAAUUCAAGGAAGCCAUCCAGGGAGCUCUGGAGAGUGACAAGGAGACACGAGCAAAGAUGAGAGCAGUCUCGGCGAAGCAAAGGUUCCCGGUCGCCCGAUGGGUCGAAGAGAUCAACGAGCUGCACAAGAGGUCGAUCGACAAGUCACGAAAGCACAGGGACAAGCCGGACCCCCUGAAGGUGAUGAGCCUGACGAAGUUCUCCCCGAGCCGGUCACCGUCCCCAACGCCCUCCGAACUUCAUGACGUGCAACCGAUGACACCUGCCUCCUUUUUGAGUCCCGACCAAGCCAAUCUUCCAUCCUCGGCGAGAAGCCCCAAUUUCGAGGCUUGGGAGUUACCUCGGCCCACCAUCGGGCACGAAAGACGGAUCUCAGGUGUCUCUAUCACAUCCGUGACCAAAGGCAGGAAGGACUUCGCGCUACAGAAGGUCGACCCAUUCUUCACUGACGCUGAUGGCGAGUACACGGACGAGUUCAAGCGCAAGUUGGCACAGCUGGACUCCAAGACGUCUGAGACGGACCUCUGCAUCGAGCAGUAUCUCGUCCGCAGCGAAAAGAAGUGGUUCGAGGAGUAUAAGAGCGCCAAGCUUGGCCUCUCUUCCUCCCGCAACACAUCCAAGCUCUCGCUCGCGGAGCCACAUUCCGCGCUCAACCACUCGCGGUUCUUGGACGUCCCAUCUAGGCCGACCUCCGUGCCGCCAACGCCAUACACCCCCAGCAUCAUCUCAUCCGCUUACUCGGAAGAUGAGGAUGAGCAAAGCCACCCCCAUGCUCAGCGGUUCGUGUCCGAGUUUGACACCGAGGAUGGCGCAGUGAACCCAACACACGCAACGCCAAUCCAGAAGUUCAUGCUCCGCAAGGUGUUUGACUGGCCCGUCUACACGAUCAUCCUUGCGUUCGGCCAGAUCCUGGCUGCAAACUCGUACCAGAUCUCGCUCUUGAAUGGGGAGCAGGGGCAGACGGCCAACAUGCUGUACACCAUUGCGUCCAUCUACGGCGGGACGUCGAUUCUGUGGUGGAUUGCUUUUCGGCGGCUGAAGUCGGUGUGGGUGUUGUCUACGCCGUUUGCGGUGUACGGUGUUGCCUUCAUUUGCGCUGGAUGUGCUCCCUUUGCUCCGUCUAUUCCCACUCGCGGUUGGAUUCAGAGCAUUGCUUCGGGGUUCUACGCCGCUGCGAGCUCAAGCGGCAGUAUGUUCUUUGCUCUCAACUUCGGUGACGAAGGUGGAGCACCUGUCCGGACCUGGGUGAUUCGCGCCUGCGCUGUUCAAGGCGUGCAGCAAAUCUACAUCAGCGCGCUAUGGUAUUGGGGCUCAAAGCUCAGUUCCUAUGAUAGCAACGGCAUCCCCGUCGCCCAAGCCUCCAACACGCUCAUCAGCGCGAUCGCUUUCCCUGUAGCCGUGCUGCUAAUUGGGCUCUCGCUGCUCACUUUCUUCGGCCUCCCCGACUACUACCGUCAGACCCCGGGCUCCAUCCCGUCCUUCUUUAAGUCCAUCUUCCGCCGGAAACUGAUCAUGUGCUUCCUCAUCUCAGUCCUAAUCCAAAACUACUGGCUGUCUUCUGUCUACGGCCGCAGUUGGCGCUUCCUGUGGACCUCGGCGCACGCCCCAGCCUGGCAGAUUCUGCUCCUGGUGGUCCUCUUCUUCGGCAUCAUCUGGAUCCUGCUCUUCGGCCAGCUCGCCCAUCUCUCGGCCGAGCACAGCUGGAUCUUCCCCGUGCUCGCCAUCGGCCUUGGCGCCCCGCGCUGGGCGCAAAUCUUCUGGGGUGUCUCGGGCGUCGGGACGUCCCUCCCCUGGUGUGGGUCGCCGGCCGCCGGGGCAUUGGUCUCGCGCGCGCUGUGGCUCUGGCUCGGGGUGCUGGACGCACUGCAGGGGACCGGCGUCGGCAUGAUGCUGCUGCAGACGACGACGCGGUUCCAUAACAACUUUGCUCUAGUGGCCGCGCAGGUGCUGGGGUCUAUCGCGACUGCGGCGGGCAGGGCGAGUGCGCCGAACGCCAUUGGACCUGGACCUGUGUUCCCCAACCUGGCUUUGAGUGUGGACGGGUUGGCGAAUGGGUGGUUUUGGGUGUGUUUGCUGAUGCAACUGGGGAUUUGUGUUCUGUAUGGGACCUUCUUUAGGAAGGAGCAGCUGAGCAAGCCUUGA